AUUUUAUUGUAUGGGUGCAGCUAAAAAUGAAGCACCAGGAGAACGCCUGAAAAUCGUGUAUGAAAGUAAUAUUAUACUACCUAGCAGGAGAACUCGUAAUGGAAAUAAUGAAUAGAACUUUGUGGACUGAAUUCAUUCUUCUUGGACUUCUGACUCACACGGUGACACACACCGUUUUCUUUGGGGUGAUUCUAUUGAUUUUUUUUGUUGCUUUACUGGGAAACAGUCUUUUCUUUUUUGUAAUCAUCAUGGGUUCAUAUUCCAGAGCCCCUAUGUACUUUUUCCUCAGCCAGCUCUCCUUCAUAGACAUCUGCCAGACGUCUAGCAUUGUCCCCAAAAUGUCCAUGGAUUUUUGGAACAAGGGCAAUACAAUUUCAUUGGCUGGAUGUGGGACUCAGAUUUUUUUAACCUUCAUGAUGGGAGGAGCAGAGUGCCUCCUACUGGCUGUCAUGUCUUAUGACAGGUAUGUGGCCAUCUGCAAACCUUUGCACUAUCCAGUUCUCAUGAACAGAAAGGUUUGUGUGACCAUGUCAGGUGGAGUCUGGUUUGGGGCUGUUUUUCAUUCACUCGUGCACACUUUUUGUGUGCUCCAGCUGCCUUUCUGUGAGUCUAAUCGAGUGAAUCAGUUCUUCUGCACAGUCCAAGCUCUGCUGAAAUUAUCUUGUUCUGAAACAUCCACCUAUGAAAAUUUGUUUUUCCUAACUGGCAGCAUAUUACUCUUGGCUCCCUUCUCCAUCAUCCUGGCUUCCUACAUUGCUAUUCUUUUGACAGUCCUGGGAAUGCAAUCAGUGGAAGGAAAGCAUAAAGCAUUUGGCACAUGUCUCUCUCACCUCUGUGUGGUGGGGCUCUUCUAUGGGGCAGCAAGCUUUAAAUAUAUGAGACCCAGGUCUUACCGAACACCAGAACAGGAUAAGGUGGCCUCUUUGUUUUGUGACAUUGUGACUCCCAUGCUGAAUCCCUUGAUAUACAGUCUGAGGAACCGUGAUGUACUAGUAGAACUGAGAAAACACAUUCUGAAAUGUAAGUUGCAUAUCUAACCCACCUAACAAGGCCAUAUCAGAGCCAAUCAAUAGUUAUUUGGAAGAGAACAAAAACAAGGAGAAAAAUAUUAUGUAACAGUCAUGACUAGCAACUACUAAUAGUCUAAUCCUCUAUGAAACCAUCAAAGCUAUUCAACUUAGUGGCUAUUGCUGUGGUGGCGAACUUAUGGCAUGUGUGCCACAGGCAGCAUGCAGAGCCAUCCCUGUGGGCACGUGUGCCAUUGCCACAGACAGAGGGACGCAGGGCCGGGCUCCUCCCCUCCCAGUCUCCAUGCACGCGGAGUCCGGGAACAGCUGUGAGAGCUGGGCAGGGUGAGGGAACCUAUAAAGAGCAGUUUUGGUGGGAGAGUGAGUGAGCGGCCUUUGGAAGUGACCAGUGGUGGUUUUAAAUUAUUUAACAACUGGUUCUCUGCCUCGCCUUCACUCCGUCUUGGUCGGGCUGGGCUGCUUAGAGGGUCGGCUCUAAGGAUGGGGGCAAGAGGGUAGGGGUCAUCAUGUUCUGGCUUGGGGGAGGCGAGAGGGCCAGGAUGCCUCUGUGGAGGAAAGCGCGCCUCUGCCAACUGAGCCUCUCAUCCACACUGCGGUCACGUAGGAUUACCUGGAAGGGUCACUGGGCAGGGGGCUGGGGGGUCAGCCGGCAGGGGGGAAUCAGAGCCGCCAUCUCCCUUCCUCAGUGCAGCCCCAUCGGCGUGGGCAGAGGCGGCCCCAGGAUGGCUGGAAAGGAGCCCUCACCUGGUGCAGGCCAUGUCUACAGGGUGGGUCUGACUGGGGCAGCGGCUGCUGCUCCUCCUGAUGCUCUGAGCUCCUUGACUGGCCAACCACACGGGGAAGCAGGAGGCAGCAGCGGUGAUCUCUGCAUCACCAAGCCGGCCAGCAGCAGAUCUGGAAGCGAAGCUGUGCCACCCAUACUCACACUGGUGGAGGUAGCGGCAGGGGAAGGUGAGCUGUGGGUGCAUGCCCACCCCUCCCCACUGCCACCCCACAUCGUCCCACAUGCAUGGCCCAGAGACACACACAGGACAAUGUGAGGCAGCAGUGGCAAAGGGUGGGCACAUGUCAGAUCCCGCCUUCCCCUGCCGCUGCCCCACCAGCACGAGAAUGGUUGGCACAGCUUUGCUUCCAGAUCUGCUGCCUGACACCAUC